AUGGCCCGGAGAUCCAUCACUCCCCUCGACAAGGGCUGGCAUUUCAAACAAGUCGACAAAGACUCGUCCGAGUACCUCCCAGUCGCCCAGUUCCCCACAAACAUCCACCUCGAUCUCAUCCACCACAACCUCAUCCCGGACCCCUUCAUUGGCAAGAAUGAGCUCCAAGUCCAAUGGGUCGGCGAGGCCGUCUGGUCCUACCGCACCCACUUCGCCUCACCAGCGGAUGCCCCCCAGGGUGCUAAGGCUGUCAUUGCCUUUGACGGUCUGGAUACCUUUGCGACGGUGAAGUUGAACGGCGAGGUGAUCCUCGAGACCGAGAAUAUGUUUUUGCCAGAGAGGGUUGACGUCACGGGCAAGUUGAAGACUGAUGGUGAGAAUGAGCUUGAGAUUACCUUUGAUAGUGCCUACUUGAGGGGAUGCAAGCUUGUGGAUAAGUACCCUGAGCAUAAAUGGGGUUGCUGGAACGGCGAUGUGUCUAGGUUGGCUGUGCGCAAGGCACAAUACCACUGGGGAUGGGACUGGGGCCCGACACUUUUGACCUGCGGUCCCUGGAGGCCAAUCAACCUCGAGGUUUACGACUCGAGGAUAGAAGAUCUCUUCUUCGAAACGGACGUCGACCCCACCACCAAGACGGUCAAGGUCACCACCAUCGCCCGUACCGAGGGCCCCGCAUCCAAGGUCCGCUUCGACAUCUCCCUUGAUGGCACCCCCGUCUCCUCACAGACGAUAAACGCCGCUGCCGGAGCCGACACCAAAACGGAAUUCACCAUCACCAACGCCAAGCUCUGGUAUCCUAUCCGCUACGGCGACCAGACGCUCUACACCAUCACUGCCACUCUCCUUGCCAGCUCCGAUGAGAUAGAAGUCGACACUGUCUCCAAGAAAACGGGUUUCCGCAAGGCUGAGCUCGUCCAGCAACCCCUUGAGGAGCAACCUGGAACUUCCUUCUUCUUCCGCGUCAACGGCAUUCCCGUUUUCUGCGGAGGCAGCGACUGGAUCCCCGCCGACAACUUCGUCCCUCGCAUUACCCGCGAGACCUACCGGAACUGGAUCCGCCUCCUCGCCGAUGGCAACCAGUUCAUGAUUCGAGUAUGGGGAGGUGGCAUCUACGAAGAGGCCGCUUUCUACGAGGCUUGUGACGAGUUUGGUAUCCUAGUAUGGCAAGACUUCAUGUUUGGCUGCGGCAACUACCCGGCCUGGCCCGAACUGCUAAAAUCCAUCGAACGCGAGGCCGUCGCGAACGUCAAGGCCCUCCGCCAUCACCCGUCCAUCGUCAUCUGGGCCGGCAACAACGAGGAUUACCAGUACCAGGAGAGCGAGAACCUCACCUACGACUUCGACAACAAGGACGCCGAGAGCUGGCUCAAGACGGACUUCCCCGCUCGGUACAUUUACGAAAAGGUGCUCGACGACGUGUGCAGGGAGCACAUCCCGGGAACGUUUUACCACUACGGCAGCCCCUGGGGAGGGAAAGAUACCCGCGAUCCAACGGUCGGCGACAUUCAUCAGUGGAACGUGUGGCACGGCACGCAAGAAAAGUACCAAAACUUCGACACCCUCGUGGGCCGCUUCGUGUCCGAGUUCGGAAUGCAGGCUUUCCCCUCGGUGAAGACCAUAGACCAGUACCUGCCGCUCGGCCGCGACGACCCGGACCGCUACCCGCAGUCGUCGACCGUCGACUUCCACAAUAAGGCGGAAGGCCACGAACGCCGCAUCGCGCUCUACCUCGUCGAAAACAUGCGGUACGCGCCGGACCCCCUCGAGCACUUUGUCUACUGCACGCAGCUCAUGCAAGCCGAAUGUCUCGCCUCCGCCUACCGCCUCUGGAAGCGUCAGUGGAAGGGCCCCAACCGCGAGUACUGCGGCGGGGCGCUCGUGUGGCAGAUCAACGAUUGCUGGCCCGUGACGAGCUGGUCCAUGUGUGACUACUACCUUAGACCGAAGCACGCGUACUACACCGUCAAGCGCGAGAUGGCGCCCCUCAGCAUCGGCAUCACGCGCCGCGAGCACCGCCAUCCGCGGGAUAAGCACACGCGCGUGCACAUCGACACGAAAACCCGCGUGGAGAUCUGGGGAUCUAACCUCGCGCUCGAGGACGUCACGGUCGACUGCGUCGUGAAAGCGUGGGACGUCGAGACGGCCGAGCGGACGUUUUCGCAGACGGUGCGCGGGUCCUUGCUGCUCCCCGCCAACAGGUCCACGGAGAUCGCGGCGCUGGAUGUGCCCGUGAGGAAUCCCGGCGACGAGGCGCGCACGGUGGUUGCGGCGUAUUUGUAUCGCGGGGAGGAGAAGUUGGCGCGGUAUGUUAAUUGGCCUGAGCCGUUGAAGUAUUUGCACUUGAGGAAGCCGGAGGCGUUGAAGGCUGUGCUUGUUGAUGGGGGUGAGAGGGUGGAGGUUAGUGCUGAGGUGCCGGUUAAGGGGGUUGCGCUUGAGUGUGAGGAUGAUGGUGUGGUUUUCGGGGAUAAUCUUGUGGAUGUUGUGCCUGGGGAGGUUGUCAGUAUUCCCGUUAGGGGAGCGACGGAGGAGACGGUUCUCACGACGAGGUAUUUGAGCAUGUUGAAUUAG